GAGGGGGUGGGGGAGGAGGGAAAGCGGCGAGUAAGAUGGAAGAUGAGGAGGUCGCUGAGAGCUGGGAGGAGGCGGCAGACAGCGGGGAAAUAGACAGACGGUUGGAAAAAAAACUGAAGAUCACACAAAAGGAGAGCAGGAAAUCCAAAUCUCCUCCCAAAGUGCCCAUUGUGAUUCAGGACGAUAGCCUUCCCACGGGCCCCCCUCCACAGAUCCGCAUCCUCAAGAGGCCCACCAGCAACGGUGUGGUCAGCAGCCCUAACUCCACCAGCAGGCCCGCCCUUCCCGUCAAGUCCUUAGCUCAGCGGGAGGCAGAGUACGCCGAGGCCCGGAAGCGGAUCCUGGGCAGCGCCAGCCCCGAGGAGGAGCAGGACAAGCCCAUCCUCGACAGGCCAACCAGGAUCUCCCAACCUGAAGACAGCCGGCAGCCCAACAAUGUGAUCAGACAGCCAUUGGGUCCUGAUGGGUCACAAGGCUUCAAACAGCGCAGAUAAAUGCGGACAAGAAAGGACACCGCCGCUGCUGCUGCCACCGCCUUUUGGGUCGUCCGCCGCGGGUUGCACUGCCGUGGCAGACAGCUGGACUUGAGCAGAGGGAACGACCUGACUUACUUGCACUGUGAUCCCCUUUGCUCCGCCCACUGUGACCUUGAACCCCAUGCACUGUGACCGCCUCCCUUCUCCCCCUUCCCACUGUGAUUGGCACGUCUACAAGGGCUGUCCCAAGUCAAUGGAAAGGGAAAGGGUUGGGGAGAGGGGAGGGUUGGGGGGAGCCCAUCAAGGACUCAGAGUAGAGAGUCAGACAGUGCCACUUGGCCACUUGGGGUAAAGCCAGUGCCAGCAAUAACAGUUUAUCAUGCUCAUUAAUUUGGGAUUUCAGAACACAAUUGAGAACUCCCACCUGCCCACCCGCCCCGCCCCCCAAGUGCAUGUCUUCAUCACUUAGAAGCAAGUUCCAUUCGAAAAAUAUCCUUUCUUUUUUUUUUCUUCUUCCUAUUUUUGUUUGUUUAUACAGAUAAUCUGAUUUGCAAGGAAAAGUGCAUGGGAGGGGGUUUAGCAGUUUAAUGAAUUUUUAAUUGAGAAAGGGUAGUUUGAUAGUCUACUUAAAAAAUGUUUCUGGGAAAGUCGCUGGAAACAUUAACCAAUAGGAUUUUGGUGAGCUUAGCUUCUGUAUUCCUACUGCCGCCCAGAAAAGGGGCAGGGCUCUGCAGCCCCCAGGACAGAUGAACACCCCAUGCCUAUACCUCCCUCCCCAGCUAAGUCCAGGGCAUCUUGGCCCUACCUGGCGACUGGGCUAGCUCUAUAGGCUCAGAGAGCCUGGGGAGGGUUUUAACCCCACCUCUAGUAUUUUGGGAGAUUGGGAAAGUGCUCAGACUUCUCCCAUCCCAUACCCCUCAGGGUAGUUCCCUACUAGCCAGGCUUUGCUACUUCUAGAAGAAAGUAGGGAGUGAACGCACUCCUGGGCUUUGGAGUGAGGGCUGCGAGACGUGUCUGCAGUAUUUUGCUGUCAUCACCAGGAAAACCAGGAGUGAGUCGGGCUUCGGGCCUGUGAAGCCUCUGCCUUGGGUGGUGGGAAGCCAGCUCUGUUGAUGGCCCCAGCGAGGCAGCGACGCCUGGUGCAUUUCCUUUGUGAAAUCCCUGCCCUGGGAGCAGGCCGUGCUGAAGAGUCAGAUGGUGUAGAACUGUAACUGCAAGGACGGUGGGGACAGGCUGGUUUCUCCGAGAGGCCUUGUCUAUCCUUGACCCCUCUCCAGAGCAAGGGCCUGAAAUGGAGGCAGUUUCUCCUCCCUCCCCAGGGCUAGAGACGGGCGUUGGCUCCCCAAGGGGAAGAGGCUGAGAGGGCGGCUGCGCUGUGUGCGCGCGCGUACCCCAGCUCCUCUCCGGCUUUCUGGUCUCUUCCAUUGCACUGCGCCUUACCCCCCAAACAGCCCGCCCGCCCGCCUUCCCACUCUGUGGAUGAGUUUUGGAGUGGCCGGUGUGGUGAUUUACAAUUAUGGCAGCUCCCAGUGGCCAAGGAGGAGGCAGGCCGGGUUUUGCAGGCUCGUUCCACCUUUAGCUUCCCUGGGCCUGGGCCCGGCAGGCCAUGUCCCUGUACAUCUUCCCCGCCGGAGGAAGGGCCAGCCGCGGCUGAGUCAGCGACUCGUUCCCGCCACAGCCCUCUGCUGUGUGCAGCUGGGAGGUGGUCUGCAAGCAAAGCUGGACAGAGCAUCAGCCGCCAUGAACCCCCGGGGAUGGAAUGGUACCCACAGGCUGUGCUGAGGGGACACCUCCUCGAGGAGCAGGCCGGGGGGAAGGCUGACUGCUGUCUUCCUGUGCCACUGCCCUCUGUCUCUCCAUUGUCAGUGUACGGUGGUGCCCAUCCCUCAUGGAGUGGUGAUGUCUGGCCCGAGGCGGGGCCGUCCUGGCAGUGGGAGAGGUGCAAGUGGUAGGCCAGCCGGGAGGCCGGAAGAGCAGGUUGCUCAGCUCUCGGGACCACCUGUGCUCGCCCUUCCUCUAGCGGAGCCAAAGGGAAGGCUGGCUGCUGGGUGUCUGGACUGGGGACGGAGCGGGGAUCGGUGAUGCCACCUCCCUGCGGCCAAAGACGGGGCUCUGCCCGCUGUGUGCCUGUGGCCACCCACCAGCAGUCAUACCCUUGGCCUCCCGGAUGGAGAGGUGGCAGGCAAAAUAAAAGAAAGAGAAAUGAAAACAGGAAACUGUAUUGUGUUGGGGGGAGGUGGGAGGGGAGAUGGGAGAACGGUUUGGAGUGUGUGUGUGUGUGUGUGUGUGUGUGUGUGUGUGUGUGUGGUGGUUUGCGGGGGCUUUUUUUGUUUUGGUAGUUGUAUGUAACUUUCCUUAAGUGCGCUUUUUUUUUCCUCCUUUUUUAAAGCUGCAGGCUUUGGCUUGGAAAACCCUGGGGGGAUUGGGGGGCAGAAACCUGAGGCUGCUGCCCCUUUAUCUGCCUUCAUGGUACUGUCCCCUUUCCCCAGCACCCCCCUGACCCCGCGAGCCAGGCCUCUGACCUUCCAGCUCACCGCUUCCCACGAGCCACUACUCUGAAGUCAGCCUAUAACCAAAGGAGCUGGGGGGGUCCAGGCCUGGUGACCAACCCUUCUCAGCCCACUCAAUCAGGGUGCUCCCCACCUGCAGGCAGGGGGCAACACCCUAUCUGCUACCAUCAGCCCCCUCCAGGGCCCACUGCCCUGCCCCGCCCUGUCCAGCCCAGCCAUACCCUGCUCUGCCCCAUCUGGGGGUGCUCUGCUCAGGGAUGGGCCGGCAGGGCUGCCCCCAGCCUCCCUGUUGAGCAGAGACUCCGGGAACCCCUGGAGUCCUGUCUUCUGGCCAUGUGAUCCCAGGGGUAUGCAUGGGCCCCUUGGGUGUCUGAACAGAAGGGCAUGGAGGGAGGGCCGCACCCCUGCAGUCUGCCCUGCUGGCAUGGCGGGCAGCUGCCCACCCUACCCCGCACCGCGGGCUCCUGAGUCGGCAGAUUAAGCAUUUUAUAAAUUGUAUUUUAAAUACAUGUUUUAAACUUGUCA